AUGUGCAAAUGCGACGAAUGUCGUAAGAAUGUAAACGGUUACCGUUUGGUUAACCGUCAUACAUUUAAAAAGCACGAAAAAAAACAAAAAAAAAUGCUUGCACCUGUCAACUAUGCUGAAAUUUUUAAUUUUCAGAAUGUUGAAGAAAACGAAGAUGAGUUGGAUUCCGUUGUUGUUGAUGCUAACAAUGAGUCUGUUAGCAUCUCCAACUUUGAUACAGUCAAACCUAUGGAAAUUGGCGUUUUCACAAAAAUAAUUGUCACUUUCAUAAAAAUGAUUAACCGAAAGGCAAAAAUAAUUGGCGGAAAUUGA